GGAUACGCUCGACUUUUCCAGAAUAUCCGGAUAGCGCCUCCCGGCCACGCUGAGCCGGCUUUGGGUGUUCUUCGCUGCGGUUCUCUUUUUCUGCUGGUGCAGCUAUGGCGGCCGUGAAGACGCUGAACCCCAAAGCUGAGGUGGCCCGGGCUCAGGCAGCGUUGGCGGUCAACAUCAGCGCGGCCCGGGGCCUGCAGGACGUGCUGAGGACCAACUUGGGGCCUAAGGGCACCAUGAAGAUGCUUGUUUCUGGUGCUGGAGACAUCAAGCUUACUAAAGAUGGCAAUGUGCUGCUUCAUGAAAUGCAAAUUCAACACCCAACAGCAUCCUUAAUAGCCAAAGUAGCAACAGCCCAGGACGACAUCACUGGUGAUGGUACCACUUCCAAUGUUUUAAUCAUUGGAGAACUGCUGAAACAGGCGGAUCUCUACAUUUCUGAAGGUCUUCAUCCCAGAAUAAUAACAGAAGGAUUUGAAGCUGCAAAGGAAAAGGCACUUCAGUUUUUGGAACAAGUCAAAGUCAGCAAAGAGAUGGAUAGGGAAACACUGAUAGAUGUGGCCAGGACAUCUCUGCGUACUAAAGUUCAUGCUGAACUUGCUGAUGUCUUAACAGAGGCUGUAGUUGACUCCAUUUUGGCCAUUAAAAAACAAGAUGAACCUAUUGACCUCUUCAUGGUUGAGAUUAUGGAGAUGAAACAUAAAUCUGAAACUGAUACAAGCUUAAUCAGAGGUCUUGUUUUGGACCAUGGGGCACGACAUCCUGAUAUGAAAAAAAGAGUAGAAGAUGCAUACAUCCUCACAUGCAAUGUGUCAUUAGAAUAUGAGAAAACAGAAGUGAAUUCUGGCUUUUUUUACAAGAGUGCAGAAGAGAGAGAGAAAUUAGUAAAAGCUGAAAGAAAAUUCAUUGAAGAUAGAGUUAAAAAAAUAAUAGAACUAAAAAAGAAAGUCUGUGGUGACACAGAUAAAGGAUUUGUUGUUAUUAAUCAAAAGGGAAUUGACCCAUUUUCCUUAGAUGCUCUUGCAAAAGAAGGCAUAGUAGCUCUGCGGAGAGCUAAAAAGAGAAAUAUGGAACGGCUGACUCUUGCUUGUGGUGGUGUAGCUCUGAAUUCUUUUGAUGACCUAAAUCCUGAUUGUUUGGGAAAUGCAGGACUUGUCUAUGAGUACACUUUGGGGGAAGAGAAGUUCACCUUUAUUGAGAAAUGUAACAAUCCUCGCUCUGUCACAUUAUUGAUCAAAGGACCAAAUAAGCAUACACUCACUCAAAUCAAAGAUGCAGUAAGAGAUGGUUUGAGGGCUGUUAAAAAUGCUAUUGAUGAUGGCUGUGUUGUUCCAGGGGCUGGUGCAGUGGAAGUGGCAAUGGCAGAAGCCCUGAUUAAACAUAAGCCCAGUGUCAAGGGCAGGGCCCAGCUUGGAGUUCAAGCAUUUGCUGAUGCAUUGCUCAUUAUUCCCAAGGUUCUUGCUCAGAAUUCUGGCUUUGAUCUUCAGGAAACACUAGUUAAAGUUCAAGCAGAACAUUCAGCAUCAGGUCAACUUGUGGGUGUGGACCUGAACACAGGUGAGCCAAUGGUAGCAGCAGAAGCAGGCAUAUGGGAUAACUACUGUGUAAAGAAACAGCUGCUUCACUCCUGCACUGUGAUUGCUACCAACAUUCUCCUGGUUGAUGAGAUCAUGCGAGCUGGAAUGUCUUCUCUAAAAAGUUGAAUUGAAGCUUCCCUUUUAUCAUCUGAAUCAUGAAGACUCUUUAGAGUGAUCCUAAGAAUACAGCUGUGGGAUUUUUGUCCUAGCUUCAAGUGAUUUUCAAAGGAAUUUUUUUCCCGUGUGAAGAAAGGAGAACACUGACACCACCUAUACAAAUUCCAAAGCCUGAAAAUAUAAUUACAGUAUUUUUUAAAUUGCACUCAGUGUAUACACAUAAAGCAGGCCGUUUUUACCGAGUGUGCAAGAUGUUUUAUCUUCUGUGAUAUUAGUACAUGUUAGAAAAGCAUAUGUUGCUACCUUAUUAAAUAUUCCUUGAAAAUUAAACUUCAAUGGUUUAAUAACUUCUUCUAAAUGUACUUUAAUUUAUGCAGUAAUUCCCUUAAUAGAUUAAAAUUUUUAUGUUCAUAAAUAACAUAUGAGUAACUUAGGUUUUGAAAGCAUCCCUGUUCACUUAGUAUAAGUUGCUAUGAGUAAAAUGAUUGGACUUACGCAUUGAAGUAGCUUUGCUAAAAUGUUCCCCAGGAAAGUUAAGUGGAAGUAAGCAGAAAGAUGGGUAAACUAGAGGCAAGGGAGUUGAAAGAGCUACAAAUUUAUAAAGUGACAAAAAUGAAAAUAGAGGAGGUAAAAAGAAAGCUUGAAGGUUUAGUUAAGAGAUUUUCAGGUGGGCCAUGCAUUUUCACACCUGGACCUUUGCUUAUACUGAAAUACCCAACCAGAAAUUGGCAGUGUAAUUUUUUUCCCUUAAGUUAUUCUACGUGUUUCCACAAAAUCGUUUUUUAUACAGUUGGUGUAUCUACAGUCAUUGAAGGUGAAAUUGUGUUCUUAAACUUUGUAUUUUGAGGACUUGGCAGUUGCCUCCAGUAAGUGUGCAAUAAAUGUUUAAUUUGAAACAUU